CAAAAGUCAAAACACGACCCGAUGGCUAGAUCUGCGAUUAAUCUACUCUAGACGACUCCUAAUUCGGAGUUUCACAAAUCGCAGCAAAUCAGCAAACAUGGAAGAACCUGAAACAGAGAAGAAGACAUCAUCCAUGAUACUGGACUGCUCUCUUCUCCCGGAACUUGUUUCAAAACUGCAGCUGUCUCCGUCUCCAUCAGCAACGAAAGAUCUCACAUUGUCCAAAACAGACUGGUCGUUUCUCCCUGAAGAGCUACUGCUAACAAUCUCAACUCUUCUUAACAACUGUUUCGAUGUUGUUCAUGCUCGCUCUGUUUGCAACACGUGGCGAUCCGCAUUUCCCUUUCCUUCUUCCUUGUUACGACCAAGUUACUCUCUUCCCAAACUCGUCGAGUUCACUCUCGAAAGCAAAGAUUCGUGCACACUCGAGAAGGUCCCUUUGUUUCUCUUUAGAGUCGUCAAAACUCGUGAUGCUGUGUCGCCUUCUGCGUAUGUUAUGGGAGGAAUAGGCCGCCGAGACGAAGACGAUCAUAUAGAGCUUCUUCCAUACCCUCUUCAAUGUUCAGUGAAAGUGAAGAUCCCAGGAUCUGAUCCAAUCUUGGUGAAAAUGCUUGACUGUCAGAUUCUCUCUUUAGGCCAUCAGUACAGAAUGAUUGGUUGGGAUCAUGAAGAAUCGUCAACAAAUUACAGAGGCGUGGCUUUUCUUCCGUUAAAAAAAGACAGAGGAGGAGGAGAAUACGUUGUGGUCCUCAACUACUGUAGAGUUUUGUUGCUGUUAAGAAGCCCUGACAUGAGAUGGAUGUGGCUUCAGAACGUCUCAGAUGCUCCCUGCAGGGAUUUAGUCACUUUUAGAGGGAGAUUUCAUGCAACUUUUUUCAACGGAGAUGUUGUCAUUAUCGAUCCUUAUUCGCUGGAAGUGAUUUUUCCCCUGAUGCCCUCACAGCCUAUGAAUUCAAGCAAUUUUCUGGUUCCUUCUGGUGAUAAUGAGCUUUUCUUGGUUGAGAAUACUAUCCCAACUUCUUCUGAUGAAGUAGAUAUUAAUGGCUUCAUAUGUAGAGUGAGUAAGCUAGAUGAGGAGGCUGGUAAAUGGGUCGUGGUCAGCGAUUUGGGAGACCGUGUAUUGUUUAUUGGACACUUUGGAAAUGUUUGCUGCUCAGCUAAGGAGCUUCCUGAUGGUUAUGGUGUGAAUGGGAACUCAAUCUUGUUUACUAAUGAGGGUGGAAGUGUAAUGUACGCCUACAAGUAUGGAGUACAUACAGGAAGGGCAGAAGAUGACCUCUGUUGUUGGAGAUUGUCAAGUGAGAAUCGUGUGGCGAUCGUCAACAGAUCUCCGGCUCUGUCUCUCUGGAGUGGGUGCUAAUCCAAAAUUCUCGCUAAUGGAUACGUUUUGUUGUUUUUUUCUUUUUCUUCUUCAUUGGACUGUACUUCUGAUUACACUUUUGGAAACACUUACCUGCAUAACUUAACUUUUCUUCCGCUUAACAUUUGAUGGAGGAAGAGAAUUUGGUGUGUUGGUCCUCUGCUUUUAGAGUGUCCCAGAUUAUCGUCCUUUCUUAGCUGGAAGUGACUUCCCUGACGCCUUCACCUAAACAGUCACUAGACUAUCCGAUUCCAUCUGUCAAUGGUGAAUCUUUCAUGGUUGAGGUAACUUUUCAAGUGAAGUUGCAAGAUGAGGAGGCUGGUAAGUGGGUUGAGGUCAGUGAUUUGGGAGAUUCUCAAGAGAGAACCGUGUGAUGAAAUGAGACAAACUGUUGGUUUUUUGUUUUAAUUAGAUCACAAGCAACCUUAUCUUUUGAUUCGAUAUUAAGUUUAUAUAUUUUGUGAUCUCUGAUGUUAAUUAUUGUUGUGGAGUGUAUCUAGUGUUGCUUGAUAUGUUGAAGACUAGAUCAAUCGUAUUUUAACUUUUAAUGUGUU